UCUGUACUAAUUAUGACUAGUCUAUAUAGUCAGUGUCCUCUACAAUCAGCCGAUCAACUUGUGCCCUGUACAAUCAACUGUAGCUGUUGACCGAUCAUGCAAUUCUCUGUGUCUGUCUGUCUUUGCCUGCUGUUGGGCGUUGGACUCGUCACAGCAGCGCCUUCCGAAUUGACCGUCGAAGAGCAACAAGUCGCUGCACUACCUGAAUUCUCUCCUGAAGAACAAGACGUUGCUGCACUAUCUGAGGAACAUGAUAUUGCUACACCUUCUGAAGUCUCUUCUGAGGAACAAGACUCCGAUGAUGAGGGUGUCAAUUUACCACGUGUAACCUGUGAUCUUCUCAGUUUCUCCUUCAAAGGCUUCUCUGUGAACCACUCUGCCUGUGCCGCACACUGCCUUCUACGCAGGAAGAAGUUCCGAGGUGGCAGGUGCAUUAAUGGCGUCUGCAGCUGCCGCAAGUGAUGAUAGCGGUUCACUCUUCCACUUAUCAGCUUCGAUGUGACUUUUGUUAAGUGGAUUGACGUCAAUGACUGAUGGUUUUCAAUUAAAAAUUAUUUAGUAAAA